AUGAACGGCGAAGGCGAAGAGCCAUCAGAAGAUACGGACUCAGCGUGUGAGGGAAGUGAAAUUCGCUCUCCUUCAUCCACCGACUUCAUCGUCACUACCGAAAGAGACGAAGGAAACCAAGAUGCAGAUGAUGGAGAUAGCGGCAAGGACGAUACAAAAGAAGACGAGCAGGAUGAGAAGCGAAAAAAGAACCGUCAAGAGACUUUACAUCUUGGCAGUGUGAUUUUGAGGAUCCACGACCAUGCCUCCUCGGGGCUUGAACCAAUCACUGGCGCUGAGAACGAAGACGAGGCCUGGGGCCGUCUGCAGGAAGUGCUAUGGUUCGAGACGCAGAUGCGGGCAUACGGAGCGAAUUAUCGCGACGACCCCAAGGCUGCCAUGUACCAGUUUGAUGAUGUGUUGGAAAUGUGGCAGAAAACAUAUGGUGUGGUUCCGUGCCCUACAGCCACCAAGCGCAAGAACACAACGAGAGGCCUGUAG